AUGGUCUCUACGAACUGUUCCGGAACCAAUGCCAUGAGGUAUGGAACAAUGAAAGACUGGGUCAUCAAUCUGACUGUCGUACUGGCCGAUGGGACUGUUAUCAAGACUAAGAGACGACCGCGGAAGACUUCAGCUGGGUAUAAUCUGACCACGUUCUUCGUUGGUGCUGAAGGCACUUUAGGUAUGGUCACGGAAGUGACUAUGAAGCUUGCGCCCAUUCCCCAAGAUACGAGCGUAGCUAUCGUGUCAUUCGAUAGUAUACGAGAGGCUGCUACCGCUGCUAGUAGCAUCAUUCGCUCAGGCAUCCAGCUAGCAGCGCUUGAGUUCAUGGAUGAUGUGCAGAUGCAAGUCGUCAACCGCCAUGGAAGUGCUGCGGUCAGGAAGCGUAAUUGGGACGAGAAGCCUACCCUGUUCCUGAAAUUCUCUGGCACAACGGAUGCCAUCAAGAGUGACAUCGGUCGUGUCCAGCAGCUCAUGAAGCCAUAUAAUGCCGGCGGUUUCAUCUUCGCCAAGACCAAACAGGAGGAGCAGGACCUCUGGGCUGCGCGCAAAGAAGCGCUUUUCACAAUGGUCAAUACCAAGCCAGAGGGUACGGAGAUUUGGUCAACCGAUGUUGCUGUGCCUCUCUCCCGCUUGGCAGAUAUCAUUGGUAAGUCCAAGCUGCCACGGAUAAGAACACAGCUGACCUGUCCAGUGCAUUCAAAGGAAGACUGCAGCAAGCUUGGACUAUUCGCAAGCAUAAUUGGGCAUGUAGGAGAUGGUAACUUCCACGCAUCAAUGUUCUUUGAUCCUCAGAAUCCAGAACAAAAGGCAGCCGUUGGUAAGGUCGUGCAUGAUAUGAUGGACCAAGCACUGGAGAUGGAAGGCACGGUUUCUGGAGAACAUGCCAUUGGCAUUGGCAAAAGAGACUGUCUCGUUGACGAGCUGGGGCAGACCACUAUCUAUUUCAUGAAGACGCUGAAGAGAGCGGUUGAUCCUAAAUGGCUUCUGAAUCCGGGUAAAGUAUUCGAUCUGCCCGAGCAACGCAGCAGUGCCGAGUAA